AUGCGCGUCGCGGGUUUUUUUUUUUCGCCCCCCGCGUCUCUCGCAGCGCUGAUGGCGGCAUUUCCCUCCGGCUCCUCGUCUCUCUCCCCUCGUCCUCUCUUCGUUGUCUUGUUAUUGUUUCUGCGGGCCUCGGGCCUGCCGCCUGCAUGCGCCGCGGAGCUCGGUAAAACAGCACCUGAGUCGCACGCGUGCGCUGUGGAGAUGACCUCGUCAUGGACGACCGUGCAGCUCCCGCGCAUGCCACCGCCCGGACCGCCGACGUGCCGCCGGGAGCCCAUGGGCCGAGCCCGCCAGCGGAGGCUGCUGGCUCGGCGCCUGCACCGGUCCUGGCCCAGGAUUGGCAGGCGUGGACU